GCUGUCUUCCCUAAACAUGGCUUCUGAGUGCAGUUUGUCCAACCUGUUUCCAAUUCAAAGUCAGCUCGACUGCGCUUUAGAAGACACAGCAACACAAGAGGAGAAGGAGAAGCUGGUCUACGAGUAUUUAAGCAAAAUAGACGAGAGGGAGGACCUCAAGAUACGCGACUUUGAGACAGGUCUGGAAUGGCUAAACACGAAGGGCCCACUGUCUUUCAAAAAGGAGCUGGCAGGUAAAGUGGUGCUGUUGGACUUCUUCACUUACUGCUGCAUCAACUGCAUGCACAUCUUGCCGGACCUUCACCACCUUGAGCAGAAGCACUCCAUUCAAGAUGGACUUGUCAUUGUUGGGGUACAUUCAGCCAAAUUUCCUAAUGAAAAGGUUCUGGACAACGUCCGAAGCGCCGUUCUUCGUUACAACAUCUGCCACCCGGUGGUGAAUGACGGCGAAGCGCAUCUCUGGCACCGGCUGGAGGUCUCGUGCUGGCCCACGCUGGUGCUGGUGGGACCCCGUGGCAACCUGCUCUUCUCCUUGGUGGGCGAAGGCCACCGCGACACUUUGACACUUUUCACCGAAUUGAGCCUCCGUUACUACCAGGAGAAAAAGCUGCUGGAGGCGCACCCGGUUGGGGUCACGCUGUACCGGGAUUCUCUACCUCCCAGCAUCCUGUCCUUCCCCGGGAAGGUCUGCAUGGACCAUGGCAGCAACAGGUUGGCCAUCGCUGACACGGGGCAUCACCGAAUUGUGGUGGCGUCCCCUACUGGUCAGCUUUUACACAUCAUUGGCGGACCUGAAAGUGGACGGCAAGAUGGCACCUUCUCCGAAGCGUCCUUCAACGCCCCUCAGGGUGUCGCCAUGAAGAACGAUGUGGUGUACGUGGCCGACACUGAGAACCACCUAAUCCGAAAGAUCGACCUAUUGGAGGGGCGGGUCAGCACGCUAGCUGGCCUCGGCAUCCAAGGCACGGACAAAGCAGGCGGGGCUAUGGGAGAUCAACAGCCAAUCAGCUCUCCUUGGGAUGUGACACUUGGCUCUGCUGGUGGUGUAGAGGACAACGUGCUGUGGGUGGCGAUGGCAGGAACCCACCAGAUUUGGGCUUUGUUCCUAGCAGAUGGCAAACUACCCAAAGGAAGCGACUCCAAGGCUGGUACGUGCGUGCGAUGGGCGGGUAGCGGCAGCGAGGAGAACCGCAACAACGCCUACCCGCACAAGGCCGGCUUCGCCCAACCGUCGGGCCUGGCUGUGGCCCCGGAGGAGCCCUGGAGCUGCCUCUUUGUGGCCGACAGUGAAAGCAGCACCGUGCGCACGCUAGCGCUGAAGGACGGUGCGGUCAAGCUGCUCGUCGGUGGCGAGAGAGACCCCCUGAAUCUAUUUGCUUUUGGAGAUGUGGAUGGGAAGGGGGUGGACGCCAAGCUGCAGCAUCCACUCGGAGUGGCCUGGUCUCGGGAGGAGAGUUUGCUGUAUGUGGUCGACUCCUACAACCACAAGGUUAAGGUUGUGGAUCCAAAGACAAAGCAGUGCAGCACCUUAGCCGGGACAGGAGAAGCUGGAAACACUCUUGGUCCUGAGUUCAGCAAUUCCAGCUUCAAUGAACCAGGCGGAAUCUGCGUGGGGGCCGGUGGGAAGCUGCUCUACGUGGCCGACACCAACAACCACAUCAUCAAAGUGCUGGACCUCCACUCCAACACCGUAUCGCUGUUGCCUAUUUCUGGAGACUACACAGACGCACCGAAACCCAAAACUGCAGCAAAAGCCCCCAAGCUGCCCAAAGGAGCUGCUUUGAUAGACAUGCCGCUACAAUCAAUUAGCGCGGGGCAGACCCUCACCGUGUCACUCACGUUGUCUCUACCGGAAGGAGCCAAACUCACAAAGGAGGCACCGAGCUGCUGGGCUGUCUCGGCUGAAGGUGACGAGUGGCUGCUGGACGGUCAGGUCGUCAGCGGCGACAUCACCGAUCUGUCAAAGCCACUUAGCAUCUCCGCCAAACUUCCGGAAGUUCCAAAGAAACUCCAAGUGGGUCUCAAGCUGAGCGUCUGGGUGUACUUCUGCACGGCGGUGGGGUCGGCGUGCACCAUGAGAGCGGCGUCUUUCUUCCAACCUCUUGAGAUAAGUCUCACGGCGGCCGUGGGCGAGGUCAAUAUUGCGUUAACUCAUUCCUUCUAAAACGGGAGUGCUCACUUUUUUUUUUUACACCAAAUUUUGCUCAAUUUUGUACAUUAAAGAUGCUAGAAUUGAUCCCACGUUGUUUAGUACAUGCUAAGCUAUCUGGACAAAACAGCUGACAAAGCGGAUUAGGGUCAUAUCUAGUAAUAUCUUAUUAAUUAUGAAUAUAUUUUAUUUUUUACAAUGAACAAAAAUGGCUCAUGGGCUGCACUUUGGACACCAUCGCUCUUCCAUAAAUAAUACACAUUAGGAACCUCUCAGGUUGAAUCAUUCAUUCAUUUUCUACCGCUUAUCCUCACGAGGGUUGCGGGGGUGCUGGAGCCUAUCCCAGCUGUUUUCAGGGCGGGAGGCGGGGUACAUCCCAGCUAUCUUCGGAUUGAAUAAUAAUCAUAAUAAUCAUAAUAAUAAAAAUAGUAUUCUUAUUAU